AUGGAGAUAAUACAGAAUCUGCAUCAAUAUGUUCCAGUCAAGAGGCUCUCCGUGUAUGAACAAAUUAAUUCCAUUCUUCUUCUUUAUAUGACGAAGAACGUUAAAUCCACAACUUCUCCAUUAUGGCGGCAACUAUCUGCAAGCUCCGAGCUAUUGAAGACUAUGGAAGAAUUGUCUCUGGUUUUAAUGUUAUCAAUCUACUUAACGAACUCACAGAAGGUAGAUAUACAGGUGUUAGCUGAUCUCCUUAUACACGUGGCAUCUGGACAAGAUCACUUGAAUUCUAUGAUACAGUAUUUGGAGCUAGAGAACCUCACUGAGAAAGUCAAAGUGAAUGAGAAUGUAGGCUUAACUUUUAACAACACCAAUGUACUCCAUCUCAACGAGAAUGAAACAAUCGACACCGUUAUACACUGGGCAAACCACUAUCUAAUGUACGCCGAAACGUCUUUAGAAGAUUUAAAAGCGGUGCAACAAGCACUCUGGGCCGUUGUCCGAGCGUCAGCGAGUCACGAGGUUUGGUCAGCGAGGCGAACGCUCGGUAUCGGAGUUGCGGUUCUGAUUAUCGUACUGCUGGCAUCACCUAUACUCAUACUGCUGUUGAGGCAUACGAUUUGGACCAUUCAGGAUCAUGUGCCAGCCUCAUCUGCACCUUGCUGGUUGACAGGCUCUGGUGAUUGA